CCUCGGUUCAAUGCGAAAAUAUUCAGUACGAAACGUCUGUUUGAAAAUUCUUCUUUCACGAAAGUACUUAAUUAUUGCUUCAAUUAAUUCUUUAGAUUAGCAUUUCAAAUCAGUAACAGCAUAUACGCAAAAAGAAUGGCGAAUGCAACUGCCCCGAGUUAUGCGGUGAAUCUCAAUCCAGCCGGACUUCCGGAAGGGAAAGAAUUCAAAUAUGAACGCGUCGAGAAAGCCAAAGUCGAUUCGUCCGGACAUGCAAAAGUGGUAGAUAUCCGAGAGGAUAUCGGCGGAGAAGAUCCAGGAAUGAAUUUUAAGGAUAAACGACCAGAUGUACCUCCAGGAGUUCCUAUUGGUGUAGUACCGUCAUCGGUAACCGAAAGCGGAACCGCACCGGAAGUCCCCAAAAAUAUCCCAGGCCCGUUUAUUUCCGAAGAGGACAGCAUUCACAGUCGCGAAUCUCACGAUGCCGUGAUUGUCGGUCAUCUGCCCAACAACGGUCAUACGUUGAAAAAGAUGGAAGUCGAGAAUAUCACGAAGAGUCCCGACUCGAUUUCCAUGCAAUCCGGCUCUAAUAUAAGUCGCACCUCCCAACAAGCUCUACCCGGUGCCACCGGGACAAAAGAGGUGCAUGAGCGCGUCACCAGCAAAGCACCGGAUACAGCGUCCAUUCGAUCGGGUUCCAAUAUAAGCCGUGCUUCCGACCAAGAAGUUGCCAAUAAGAUCGAAAAAACCAGUAUACAUGAUAUGCCGACCGGUAAGAGCGAUCCAGAGUACUCCGCAAAAACCGAACAGAAGGUCAAAGACGAUGGACGCAAAGUGACCAAGACGGAAGAACAUGUGCAGGAUGACAUGGGUCAUGCCACCACCAAGAAAAAGUUUGAAGAGGCCGCGCCUGAUGAAAGCAGGGUUUAGGAACAAUUAAAUGGAUGGGGAGCUGGGGACCAAGUUAUAAGUUAUUAUGAAAAAAUCUCAAUUGUGUACAUAUAUAAACAUGCCACGAGUUGACGAACAAAAACGCUGCGUUAGCCCUCGCAAUCUGUGGCUUAUUAAAAAGCAACUUAUUACACGCAGUAAAAUUGUUGUUUUGAUGGUCUGACUCUGCCCUCUGUCUCUGCUUGUAAAUUUUCUUGCGAUCAGAAGUACAAGGUGUAAUAAUGUAAAUUUUCACCUGAUCCAGUAUUCCAGCGGUGUUAUUUUCCGAUUCAAAAUAAAAGUUUUCGUGCCAUAAAAGAUUUUUUU